AGACACCACUUGGGGCACAGGAUAUACGGAGCCGUCAGGAAAGUUUCAGCGCAAACUAAAUGAGCACUUUUUCCUAACGGAUCCCGAAGUAUUGAUUUGGACGCACUUUCCAUACAUGGAAAUGGAGAACAAUUAUACGAGGUGGCAAUUACUGGACAAACCACUAUCAUUAGACGAGUUCAAUUCAUUGCCCAAAGUUUCGCCCAAUUUUUUCGACUUUAAUCUGAAAAUUCGGUCAAAAAUCCAGAAUCCAGUGGUGUUUCGGAUCUCAACGGAAGUGAAGAUCGGUUCCCACGAAGCGAUGCGAUAUAAAUACAAACUCUAUCCGUCGGAUGAGAUCGAGAACUCGUCGCUCAAUCACUACGUGUUUUGUCAGCUCAAAGAAGAUAGACUUGUCGGCAGUUUCGCUGUUCAGCCGCCACUCGAGGGAAGAUUUUUCCUAAAGAUAUUUGCCAAACCAGAAAAGGAUAUGCAAGAGGGACAGGACUCGACGAGUCUGCAGACUGUCUGUACAUUCCUGAUGGAGUGCACUCGAGCUCGCAAAUACAUGGAGCCGUUGCCCAUCAAUGAGCUUCCGUGGGGUCCGACGCAGACCUUCUAUGACUAUAAGCUGCGGCUCCACAACCAGACGGGCCCUGUCAUCGUCACGUGGGGCGGG